GAAACCCAACUUUCCGUCCCCAGCUUCCCUUCCUUGUAUAAAGGAUCCCUGCUCGAUGCUCUGUUCUUCCUCCAGGAGCCUUACCAUCCGAGGAAGGAAAAGUCUCAUCUUUGCGAUCGCUUCUGCUUCAUUGCUAUCACCGACACGGUCAUCGUCCGUAUCUAAGCAGACCCAUUUGCCGGCGGGUCCGAAUUUCGCAACUCAAGGGCCUUCCUCGCACCAGCUUAAGGAGAUCGGUGUGUUCUGUUGUUUGAGGUCGAAUCGCACGAUGGCAAGCCAGUCCCAGACUUCGGUUCACGAUUUCGUCGUCAAGGAUGCCAGGGGUAAUGAUGUGGAUCUGAGCACCUACAAGGGCAAGGUCUUGUUGAUAGUCAAUGUUGCCUCACAAUGUGGGCUGACCAAUUCGAAUUACACGGAGCUCGCCAAGCUCUAUGAGAAAUAUAAGGAUCAAGGUCUGGAGAUUCUGGCAUUUCCCUGCAACCAGUUCGGAGCUCAGGAACCUGGGACGAAUGAGCAGAUCCUCGAAUUUGCUUGCACUCGGUUUAAGGCUGAAUAUCCCAUCUUUGAUAAGGUCAAUGUGAAUGGUGAGAACACAGCCCCGCUGUACAAGUUCCUAAAGUCAAGCAAAGGAGGAUUGCUUGGUGAUAGCAUCAAAUGGAACUUCUCCAAGUUCCUUGUUGAUAAGGAGGGGCAUGUGGUCGACCGUUAUGCGCCCACAACUUCACCACUGAGCAUAGAGAAAGACAUAAAGAAGCUGCUGGAGAAAAACUGAGAGCUGAAAGCUACUGCUCGGCUCGGCUGAGAAAUAUAUGACAGAAAUAAGUGAUGCAAUAGCAAAGUACGGUCUUAAAUAAUUAGCCAUCGCUCUCCACCCGAUGUCUUUCAGUUAUGUAGUCAUAUGUCAUUUCAAUAUGAACAAUUUGUAGACUGCUUGCUGUUUUGUUUUGUUAUCAUAUGUCUUUCGAGAAUAUAUAUCCCUUAAUUGCA